UGCGUAUAUAUCCACCUCCUCUUGUCGCUUGAUGAUUACCAACUAACGCCCGGUAGUUGGUAAUUACACGGUCAUGGCUGGUCUCGAGUUUGUAGUACUGGCAGUGCCGGCGGCAGCGGUGGCGCGGCUAGUGUUCGGGCUCAUCUCGGAUAUUGUGAAGAAGGCGGAGACAGCCCGCCAGAAUAAGCUAGAGUGCAACUACCUAAAGAGGCACGUAUCCCAGAUCGGCAGGCUGCUGCUUCGCCUGCAGCUGCAGGACCCGGAGGUGGCGGAAGCGCUGGCCGGGCUACGCGACACGCUCCAGGAGGCGCACGUUCUCGUCGUCGCUUGCCAGAAAUCGAACAUGGUCAAGGAGAUCUUCUCUGCGGGCGAGCAGGCGAUGAAGUUCACGCAAGUCAACGGCAGGAUCGACUCUCACCUCCUCGUCAUUCAAUUGCUCAGCCAAAUCUCCAUUACCCACCGCCUCGAUCGGAUCCUCUCUCCUAAUCACACCAGCAUACUGGUGCCGUCGCCAGGCUACGGCGACGACUACGGCUCCGGCUCGCGCUCUCUGCAGCUGAAGGAGUCUGCGAAGGUCCCCUAUGUGGGCUCAACCUCAAUGCAUGCAGUUGUCCACUUCACAUCAGCGGAGAUCGCCGUCUUGACCGGGAACUACGGCCAUGUGCUCAGCGAGGACAGCUCCGGAACGGUGUACAAGGGCAUUCUCCACGACGGCCAGGAGGUGGCCGUCAAGAGCCUGAAGAACAAAGGGAGUCAACGAGAGGGUGCGUUCGUGUCGGAGCUCGAGACCCUCUCCCAGCUCCGUCACGACCACAUCUUGCGCCUCGUGGGCUGGUGCUCUGAGGACGACGACCGCAUGUUCAUCUACCAGUACCAGCACAUGAGCAACGGCACGCUCAGGGACCACCUGACGAAGGGCGGAAGCGAAGGCUCUGCCUCUGCGUCACCGGUGACGUCGUCGUGGAAAGCGCGUCUCCAGACGCUGCUGGGCGUGGCCGGUGCCAUCGAUUACCUGCACCGCUUCGCCGUGACGGGGAUCAUCCACCGAAACGUCAGCUCCUCGAGCAUCCUUCUCGACAAGAGCUGUGUGCCUUGCCUGUCGGACUUCGGCGCGGCGAUUUUGCAAGUGCCGACGACGGGCGGCCAGCACGUCGGGGACGUGGUCGGCAGAGUCGGGUACACAGACCCGGAGUACUGCCGCACGAGAUGCGUGAGUCCGGCGAGCGAUGUGUACAGCUUCGGCGUGGUGAUACUCGAGGUGUUGACCGGGAGGCCGCCUAGCUGGGAAGGGAAGCUCCCGAACACCUUGGUUGGCUUUGCCGUCCCGAUCAUCAAGAGUGGGAACCUGCGCUCUGUGCUGGACAGGCGUCCGUCGCCGAAGCCUACGCCCAGACAGAUGGAGGCGCUGGAGCUCGUCGCAUACACGGCAACACGCUGUCUGUGGCAGCAGGAUCGACCCUUCAUGGCAAACGUGGUGAUCAACCUCCAUACGGCGCUCGGGCUCAUAGACGGCGAUGAGCCGAAGCGACUCCAAUGGAGCUAGCGACGACUCGCCAGAACAUGCGUUAAAACGAUACGGACGAGUUAAACUGACCUAUCGGUCGGUCCGUUUGUUCGGUACAUACUA